AUGGGCAUCCCAAGGAAAGCAAGGGGCUCUUCAGCAUUUCAAAGCGCUGGUACAGCAAAACUUCCUGAUCCUCCCACCGACGACGAACGCCACGAUUGGCUGACUCGAAGACAGGUCCGAGAACAAUUUAUUCGGAAUGCACAGGAUAAAGCUUUAAAAAAAUACAUUUUGAAAAAACCCAUGGGUUUCAAACCAAACCACAAACAAAAGAAAAUGGUCGAAAAGGACGCCGCCGAAAUGGCAACUUUGUCGAAUCCGAUGCAGCCGGUGGUCUUCAAGUCUCGCAUAUUGUCUAACAGUCGAAGUAAAUACCCUCAUCAUUUCGCAACUCAAUGUGAGGCAAGCUUAGCAAUGGCCGGUUUCCCAAGAUGUAUGUUUGACUGGGAAGCUUCUUACGAUACACCUUGGAACUCCGCAACGGCUACUAUCAUAUUAUCGCAUUGGCUUAAGGCCUACGAAGCAAAUGGUGCGAGAGAGUUUGGAAUUCUUACGAAGGACAAUACUGCUCCGAAUUGUGAAGAAGUACUUCGACGCUGGUGUGGAAACAAGGCUACAAAAUUCAGAGAACAAUCUCGGAAUGUGGAGUUGAUGAAGACACCCGAGGGUCAAAAGAAACUGAACGAUAACAUAUUAAUAGCACAAAGUAUCACAAACAAAAGACGUCAGAAAGACAAGAUUUACCAAGCAAGGAGGGCCACAGGUGUCAGGUUGUUCGGCGAAAAUUCAGCAGAGGUGCAAAUGUUGUCUCACGAAGAAAUACAUUCUGAUGAUGAACUGGUCGUAUCUAAUACAAGCGGCUCUCGUCAAAAGUUACGCCUCGAAUGGCGCAGCGCAGCAUUGGAUACUCUCAUCAACCUGCUGGACCAAGCCCAUUGGAAGCGCAAGAGGAUCCCGAAAGACAUUAGACAGGCAAAACAGCUGGUUGAAAGAGGGGUAUACGCGCCUGAAGCUGAUAAAGAUCGGUACCCACCAAAGGGGUUCCAAUUGUCUCUGGUUUCUCCUGUCUGGUAUGAUCAACAAGAGGGUUUGUUGUUGGAAGAAUUGGCUUUGAAUGAAGAAAACCCCGUCCACAUCGCCAAUGCUAUCCAAGGAGUGAUGCAAAGUUUCAGAUCUCGUGCCAGUAUGGCUGCUGAAGAGGCAGCGGGGAGUAGUUCGGGAGUGAUGGCAACCCAAUUGUGA